GAGAGAGAGAGAGAGAGAGAGGCAGAGGCGUCUGAUCUUCAGCUCGUUCUCAGUCCUUCAGUUCUUCAUCGACUCGGAAACGUCGCGCGCUCGCGCUCUGGAGACGGAUAUUUGUGGAUAUCUCGAGCGUUGUAUUAUCGUACCGUCCGAAUUCUCAUGAGAGGUUUUCUUCAGCGCGGUCUGAUGUGGAUUUAAAGCCUUUUUUCAGUCCGAUCCGAGCUGCAGAUUUGAUGUCAAAUGAAGUAAACGGCAGAUUAAUCAUCCCCGAUCCGAGCGAGCGCUGUGGAUUACGACCGAACUCGUCUCUCGCGGAUCGGUUCCGAUGAUUGCGCACUGACAUCAGAUCCGAGCUCGUACCCAGCAAACCCAGACAGUCGUUUCAGCGUUUCCCUUUUGGAUUCAGUGGGGUGAAAUAGUAAAGUCUGGCGUAUGAAACGGAUCGCGUGCGCUUCUCCUGCUCGCCGUUUCUCCGCCGUCUGCUCUGCGCCUGUGGAUUCGGACCUCCGGAUCUUCAUGACUUGCGGACAAAAUGGCCGUUUUGUAGCCGGGGAACCCUCUUGUCGUCCCGCAUGUUCAGGACCAAACGAUCGGGGCUCGUCAGGCGACUCUGGAGGAGCCGUGCGCCCGCGGAGGGCAACGGAGACGCGGACACCAGCGGCGCCGCGGGCUGCUGUCUCGGGAAACCGGGCGCCAGUAAGCCGAACCCCGGCACCGAGGCCGAACUGAAGGCGCUGACAUACUCGAUCCUGAAGAAGAUCAAGGAGAAGCAGCUGGAGGUGCUUCUGCAGGCGGUGGAGUCCCACGGCGGAGCGCGCAGCCCCUGCCUCCUCCUGCCGGGGAAAGCGGACACCAGGCUGGGUCAGCAGUCGCUCCCGCUGCCGCUGCUGCUCUACAAGGUGUUCCGGUGGCCGGACCUCCGGCAUUCCUCGGAAUUAAAGAGACUUUCGUGCUGUGAAUCUUACGGGAAAAUCAACCCGGAUCACGUGUGCUGCAACCCGCAUCAUAUGAGCAGACUGUGCGAGCUCGAAUCCCCCCCACCCCCGUACUCAAGAUAUCCCACCGAUUUUCUUAAACCACCUGAUUCUCCAGGUUCUGUGCCUGCUUCCACUGAAACUGGAGGAACUGUGUAUUCGGCCCCUAUGGGGUUCUCAGAUUCCCUGGCUCUUCAGGAGCGUGGAGAACAGCCUCAUUGGUGUGUGGUGGCGUACUGGGAGGAAAAGACCCGCGUUGGGCGCCUAUACUCCGUCCAGGAACCAUCUCUGGACAUCUUUUAUGACCUACCUCAGGGCACAGGCUUUUGCUUGGGCCAACUCGCCUCCGACAACAAGAGUCAACUGGUGCAAAUGGUUCGGGCCAAGAUCGGCUACGGCAUCCAGCUGAGCCGCGAACCCGAUGGUGUGUGGGUGUAUAACCGGAGUUGCUACCCUAUAUUCAUCAAGUCAGCCACACUGGACAACCCAGACUCGCGUACGCUGCUGGUGCAUAAAGUAUUCCCCGGCUUUUCCAUCAAAGCCUUUGACUUCGAGAAGGCAAGAAGCCUUCAGAGGCCCAAUGACCACGAGUUUAGCCAGCAGCCGCGGACGGGCUUCACCGUGCAGAUUAGUUUCGUGAAGGGCUGGGGGCAGUGCUACACCAGACAGUUCAUCAGCAGCUGCCCCUGCUGGCUGGAGGUCAUAUUCAAUAACCGAUAACAGCGAGCCCCAGCCCCUCACCACGCCCCCCAUUCCUUCAUGGAGACGGACUAGCCCUUACCUUCUAUGGACUAUGUUGUCUUUCUGUUUUGUUUUUCGUGAGAAGUUCUCAGAAGGAUGUUUUACGAGAGAAAUGGAAACCGGAAGCUCACUCGGACUUGUUUAAUGAAUGACUAAGAUUUAAGUGAAAUAAAAGCUAAAAUGUAUUUUAUGUUAAAUAUAAAUAUAUUAUUACCUGUAAAUACGAAGUUUUAUAUGCAUUGUUAUUUAUGUAUUGUGCAAUGUGUUGAUGAGAAAAAAAGAGAUGCACUUUGCUUAAUAUAAAUGCAAACAAAGAAAUGCCAAAAUAAAACAAAAAAUACAGAAUACA